GUGAUGGUAAUUACAAGUCCCACCCUUAACGGGCAUAUACAUGCUGAGUCAAUUACACUGAACCCUUUUCUCCGAUCAUCGUCUCUUCAUCAGAAUCGCUCUUCGUCGAGUAAUGGUCUGAGCUCAUCGCAGGAUCCAGUGCAUAAUACGUGUUUCUGUCAACGCAAUUCCCAUGAUUGCAACGAGGAGCUAGAACUAGAAUAGCUCUGGUUCGACAUGUGCGCAACGUUAUCACAUCCUACCGUACGCAUCAUUCCAUUCGGAAUGCUUUAUUUUGGGCACCUCAGCCGCAUAAAGUGGAUGGCGAGAUGUCUGAUGUUGCAGGUGACCGUCAGCGUCACCAUACUUUGGGCUCCAAGCAGUUCUGGGCAACAGUGCGGGCAUUUUAUUGUUCUAUAUGGGAUUUCUUUCAUCCUGGUGGUAUUGCUGCACAGGAUUCGGAGAGAACACGGUGCGGUAUCAACAUGUCGACAGGCCACAGCUGGCAACGCCUGCAGUGAUUAAUUUACCUCCACAAAUCGUCAUUAACCCAGUGACUAAGUGCAUAGUCACCCGCUGUGCGUGUUGCACUCUUCCUCCAGAUAUGAUGGCAAAGUGGAGUCGCUCGUUGCAUAUUAUGAUCAGGGUGUGUACGAUAGUAAUCUCAAAAUGUAAAAUUAAUUUACCAACAUAGUGUAUAGUGUAUGACGUUCACACCGCUGUUGCAUUUCACCAGGACGUGUCAACUUGGCAGCAUCACGCAUGCAGAGAGGCGCAGCUCUGCUACGCCUUAACUCGAUGAGUACACAAUAUUCUCCUGUAAACAGGAGUUCCCAGCGCGCAAGAACUG